ACAAACUUUCUCUCUCUCUCAACUGUGACAUAAUUUCUUACUCACCUGACAGAGUGUUCUCUCUUUGCGGUUCAACAGAAACUGGACUAGUUUCGCUUAUCAUCAAACCCGGUACGGACAUGUUAAGUAUUAACGGUGUCCUUGUUGCGCUUCUUAUCGCCACCCUUGCGGUUGUCAUCGUAUCUGACAGCGUCGUUAAGCAGAAACGAACAGCGAAUUUAGACUACUACGACGAUGACUAUCAGAAUUUUCAACCCGUGGUAAAUUUCCGAAAGCCAAUCGUCGUUCCAGAAUUUCCAAAAAAGGAUCAGCAAGAUUUAAGUAAAAUUCCAGGUAUACCUGGAGUAGACUACCCGAUCUAUCACAGUGUACCAAAGACCAGUUUCUCUUGUGCUCAUGUACCCCAUGUACCAGGAAUGUACGCAAAUGUAGAGACCGGUUGUCAGGCGUAUCACAUAUGUCACGAUGGCAGAGAAGGUUCGCAAGGAGCCUCGUUUCUCUGCACAAAUGGUACUCUCUUUAAUCAACAAGAUUUUGGUUGUGAUUGGUGGUACAACGUUAAUUGUGCUUUAGCGCCGCAAUAUUAUAGAUUAAAUUCGGAUCCAUUGACGAAUCCUUAUGUGUCGAAAGAAGAAAAGGAUGCCAUUAGACAGAAAUUAAAUCGCAUCGUUGUUCUGUAAUUUAUAAUUUUAAAUAAUGAAAAUAUUAUAAAAUUUGUUUUUAAUUCAUUAGAAAUUGAAAAUUUUUAAUAAAAUCGUAAUAUUUCUAUCAAAUAUAGUAGUUCCUAAAUUAUGACGCAAAAUUAUUUUUUGAACAAAAUUAUAUACAAAUUCUAAUUACAUUUUUAACUUAUUGCAAAGUUUAUACAAAAAAACAUAUAUUUAAAGAUAAAAAUAAUAGAAUAGAAUAAAGUAGAUGCGAUGAUUUAAUAUUUUAAAUACAAUCUAUAUAUUUAUUUCUAUUUCUCUUAUAUUUUGAAAAAAUAUGUUUAUCACGUUGUACAAUAUAUAUUUGUAUAGAGGGCUUACCCACAUAACACGAAAGAUUUUAAAAUCUUUCAGCGAAAGUUUUCGUAAAAUAUUUCCAAAAAA